AUGACACUAUUGCGCCCUCAUUGUGACUCAUACUUUGAUCACUUCAUGGAUCAUUCAGAUAGUUCUCCUCUCUACGGUGGCUCUUCUGGAUCCGUUGUUAGUCGACAUGACUCUUCAAUUCAGUUUGCCUCUGCUGCUGUUGCACUUGCCUCCUCUUCCACUCACAUUGUUCAUAAUAUUGAAGCUAUUAUACAAAAGGUUCUUUCCACUUCUGGUGCACCUUCUACUGCUAUCUCAGUCACCCUAGAUACCUCUUCGUGGUAUUUUGAUUCGGCUUGUUACAACCAUAUGACCUCCGACCCUACACUAUUUUCUUCCACUACAUGUCCUUCUAAUUUACCUAGCACACAUACUGCUGAUGGUUCUCAAAUGCAUGUUCGCCAUGUAGGUUAUAUUUCUACCUCUAAUGUCUCUCUCCCUCACACUUAUCUGAUCCCUAAUCUUACACUUAAUCUUUUCUCUAUUAGUCAACUUUGUGAUCUUGGCCUCACUGUUCUAUUUUCUCCACCUGGUUAUGUUGUGCAAGAUCCGAUGACGGGACAAACCCUUGGGAUAGGUCAUAGACAUGGACGUCUAUACGAGCUCAUCCACCGUCACAUUCUCUCAUCCAGUCCUUCCAAUGUUGAGUUUGCUGCUUUUACUACUAUUAGUUCCCCUCUUACUUUAUGGCAUUCUCAGUUAGGUCAUGUGUCAUUUGGUCGUUUACGCUCUCUAGUUUCAAGUGGUCAAUUAGGUGAUUUUCCAAAUGAUAAAGUAGACUAUCUAUCUUGUCAACUUGCAAAACAACCUGCCUUGCCAUUUACUACCAAUCCCUCUCUUCUAUUUGAUGAGCUUGAUAUAGACACUAUGACUCUGGGCCAUCCUGAAGAUUUUGCUCCGCCUCCUGGUCUUGCUGCUCCACUCCCUGAUCCUGAGCCAGCUUCUACACCUGCUCCUGUUCCACCUCCUAGUCAUGUUAUCAUUCGCUCUCCCAGUGAGCCUCAUAUAUCCCUUGAUUCCAUUACAUCAUCUUCUAUACUAGAGGUACCUCUUCGUCAUUUUACUCGAGUAACACAACCUUCUGUACUCCUUCGUGAUUUCAUUGUUGAUUCCACUGCUUUUUCUUCUCAUGAACCUAUUUCCUAUCAAGAGGCAUGGUCUAACCCUCUUUGGCAGCAAGCUAUAAGUGAUGAACUGCAGGCUUUAGAUAAAACUCAUACCUGGGAUGUAGUUGACCUUCCACCUGGCAAGAGUGUUAUGAGUUGCAAAUGGGUUUACAAGCUCAAAACCCACUCUGAAGGUUCUAUUGAAUGUUACAAAGCUCAUCUUGUUGCUUGGGGGUUUACUCAAGAAUAUGAGAUUGAUUACGAGGAAACAUUUGCUUCUGUUGCUCGUCUUACAUCAGUUCGCAGCCUACUUGCCGUUGUUGCUACUCGUCAUUAG